AUGGAUUCUGUCCUUUUGGAAUUAUGGACUGUGGAAUCAGCAGGGCUGCUGCGUGCCACUGCCACUGUCCCCGAUGCCCACGUGGGCCUCUUGCGUAGUGCCCUUAGUAACCAAGCUCUUUCUCACAACCGCAGCUUUAGAUUCUCCCGAGUGGGGGAUGAAGGGGUACCACCCAAGCAGCAGUGUCCACCAGGCUUCCCUGGCUGCGAGGCUGUUGCACAAAUAAUGUUUGGCCUAAUUCACAGUGCACUGGGUAUGCUCUGGAUCUUUUUGUACAAUCUAGAGGAAGAGCAAGACAGUGUUGGUACUGUCGGUAUGAUUGUUAUCAUCUUUUACAUGUUGGCGUCUGGAUCAUUUUUCGUCAACUCAGGAUCCAGCAGUAUAAUCUACGGUGAUGCUACAACAUGUCAGGUUGUAUUAGCAAUUGUAGCGAACAUCCUAAGUAGCUUCGUGUCUAUUAUUGGUAUAAUUAUAAUGGGCAUUGAGUUUCCAGCUUUUGAAUCAUUAGGAACUGAAUACAUUUGGUCAAAUAUGGCUGGCAUGAUGCUUCUGCAGAUCUCUGCCGCAUGUACCAUCUCAGAGUUGAUCAUUGCAAUCAUAAUGGCCCACUGGUUCAGAAGAGUGUUUGAUCAACAGAAACUCCGGGGUGAAGGUUCCACAUCUUCGAAAUCCAUAUCAGAAUCCCUGUCUCAACAUGAAAUGGAAAAAUUCUCUGAAUGCUCUAAGCCAAGGUUAAUGGAAGAAGGAAUAACACAUUAUAAUAAGUGA